AUUAACUCUUUUCUUAUUUCCGGCCAUUUCAUUUCAGCAAAAUCUCCUGAUUUUUAUUUUCCCUUUUCUCCCUCUUUUCUCUCAACAUCAUCCCAUCCUUCUUCCCAUCCACCCUUUCUUUUCACUUUCUUCCCCUCCCUUCCCCCACGAUCCAGGGGCUUAUCUGUCUCCAUCCCUAAAUUCUGUAAGAUCGUGUGUUUUCUCUCAAGGGAAUUGGGAUUCUUCCGAGAUGGAGUAUUCCGGAACUUCGGUCCUUAACCCCGUGCGGCCCGAUCACUCCUUAUGGGGAAGAAGCACACCGCAAUCUCAAAUCAACCCCUCGCAGUCGACCCUCGCUAUGAUCAAGCCCGACCCCAUCACUCUCCCUAUCAUCAAUACCAUCACUCCCACCACGACAACCACCACUACCACCGCUGCUGCGAAUGCCACUGCUCUAAUUAUGGAUAAAGACUCUCCCUCACAGUCCCUUUCGCAAUCUACCUCAGUCGACAAACCCAUUCUGCCUAUCGAACCCACCCACCCCGGUCGCGGCAAACAACUCACCAUCCCCGAGCAAAUAUGUCUCGUCAAAUUAUGUGCCGCCUCCAUGGAUGAUUACGAUGCCCACGCCUACCCAAAGAGUUUCUGGAUCAAAAUCGCCAAUACCCUGGAGAUGCGAACCGGCCGUCGCUACUCGUGGCAAUCAUGUCGCCGUCGCAUCUAUACCUACGUCGCUAAACGCUCCGCCUACUUCGAUGCCUUCCGACAAGGUCGCUCCCAUGCGACCGUCGAUAUUCCCAAGGAAGUUCUCGGUCUUCUGAAUCACUGGAUUGGCGACAUCGACCGAGCAAAGUACGCCCACAACCGUUGUCAGGCCGAGGAAGUGAGGACCAAGCCCAAGCUCGUUGCUCCCGCUGCUGCUGCUACUGCUGCACCAGUGCACAAGGAAACCACGACGGCUCAACCGGCUACGCGGAUCACCCUUCCUGAGCACGACAUUGUGGUCACUAUGAACCGGGUCUACACUUGGCUGAGGAAUCUCCCACCCCCGGAGGAGAUGGAGCAGAUGGCGAUAUGGGGUGAAGAGCCGAAGGUAGCCGCCCCGGUUCGGCCACGGAGUGAUGUCUUUGCCGCCUUCGCCCGGCCACUCAGUAGAGACACCACCCCGCAGCAGGGAUAUCGAGCACUUUUGGGGGUCGGGGACCGCAUCGGUCAAGCAACGGUCCAGCGGAUGGCCGAGGAGAGAACCAAUUCCUCCUCUCAGGGAUUGGCCUCACGGCCAUCGCCCUUGGCCGUCCACCACUCGUCUGUGGAUAAAAAUCCUCUCAAGAGACAACGCGAUGCCGAUGAAGAGGCUCUCUGCGACCGUCCUACGCAACGUCUCCGUCCGUAUCCCGAUAGCAGUGCUGCCGCUCUUAACACGGCCCUUGGUGGGUCUGUGGACAAGUCCCUCUUGGUCUUCCGCCACAAAAUGAAGAUGAUUGAGGAAUGUAUCGAAUUCACCUUCGGAAAGAUUAUCGACCGACUAGCCCCGGGGACGGGACGGCAGGAGACCAAGCCCCCGGGAUUUCCGGGAGCUUGCGAGUUGAUUAUCAACGAUCUCUUCAAAGACGUGGGCAUGUCCGUCGCCAGAGCGUUGUUGCGCAUCGAUAAGGCUUCUGCCGCAGAGCGUGCAACCACAAAUUAAUAUCGAUUGAAACAUCGAGACACAUACGACACCCCGUGCAUAUAUACCUUCAUGAUGAUUGAGUGAUAUGAGGCUUUUUUUUAUGUCUAUACCUGAUCUUGUUUUGUCUUGUUGCCUUAUCGACGUUUCAGCAUGCUUUAUUUUCUCAUCUUCUCUGCUUCGUCUGCGCUUCACAUGGGUGGCUCUCUGUCUCUGACAUUAUUUUUUUGACCCUUUCGCAUUGUUCAUUGUUGUUACCUUCCAUCUGUUCUCAUGAGCAUCAAAUUGCCUAGAGAUACCCAUUUCCUUCAGCCUCAGCAUUGUUUUUUUUUUUUUUU